CUAUAAGUUCAACCGUUCUGGUCGUGGGUUGCAUCCUUUAUAAAAUGGUUAAAUAUAUAUUAUUCUUAAUCCUGUUAUGGAUAAAAGUUAUAUACACAUUAAAGCAAUGUGAUGACUGCGUGUUAUACACCUCAUGUCCGAAUGCUAUGGAGCUGGCCAGGCGCCAAGUGCACGGUGACAUUUUCAAGACUGCUCUCUGUGGAUACGACAUAUCACAACCUAGAAGUCCACCCAUGGUGUGUUGCUCUGACUUCGCCGCCGCUGCGGGUAACACAGGAAUCGAAAGUAUUGGUGCCCGAAUUGGGGCUCCUGAAAGUGACCAAGUGGAACGUACUAGUCCUACUGCUGCAAGAGGUAUAUGUUUCUUCUGA